UUCGGAGUUGGAGCAAGCCACUAGCAGACACUACGAGUCGUACAUCAUACCUUACCUUGCAGCUCGUUUACAUAAACGGAUGUGAAGUUGUUCUUUCAAAGGCUGAGUUAAUAACUAUCCCCCGCUUAGAGUCUGAGACCUAGAAUAUGACCACGAUCACGAGGAGCUCGUUGGUUCGCGGCGCGACUCUCAAUGCCGCAUUGAGGACGGCCCUCCUAGUGCUAGGCUUCCUCGAGAUCACCGCGCACGCGACUAUAGUGGCGGCAGCACGCGGAGGUGGCAGCAGGCGGGCCCCGCCCCCGGAUUUAUUGCCCUCGUUGGAACAGCUAUCCACCUGCAAGUUCAAAGGUACGAUUAAUGUCACAGUUUCGCCAGAGUUCGUCGGCACAACGUGGCGAGGGUGGGGGACUUCUCUCGCCUGGUUUGCGAACUACGUCGGCGGCUUGCCGAAGCAGGAGCUGAGCACGAUUCUCGACCUUCUCUUCGAGCCAAUCAACGGCCUUGGUCUCAACAUCGUGCGUUACAACAUCGGAGGGGGCCAUCACAAGAAACAGAGCCCGCAAUUUUACAAGAAUUCGGAAUCCGAUUGGCGGGGGAUGCCGGGUUUCAAGCCGACUGAGGACGGGCCGUACGAUUGGAGCGCGGACGAACGGCAGCGGAAUGUGCUGCUGGGAGCGAAGGAGAGAGGCGCGAAUGUGUUCGAGGCGUUUUCCAACAGCCCGCCUUGGUGGAUGACUGUUUCUGGGGACGUGGCAGGCGCGGCCUGGAAAGGGGAUACGAACUUGUUGCCUGAGUACGAGGGCGCUUUCGCAGAUUACCUGACGACAGUCGUGGCUGAGUUCGCGACAAGGUGGGGGGUUACUUUUGAUUCGCUGGAGCCUUUCAACGAAGCGCUUGAGCGGUUUUGGCAUGCGGGGACGGACCACGAGGGGUGUACGUUCAAUCCACCGGAAAUGGGGCGUGUAAUCAAGUACACUUCGGACGCGUUACUAGCUAAGGGACUAGUAACGAAGUUGGUGGGGGUGGAUAGCUGGGAUGGCACGACAGCGCAGCUGCCUCAGGUACCGAAUCACGAGCUACUAACGCGGAUAAACGUCCACGCGUACGUGAAUAGGUACUUCAGCGAGGGUGCGGCGGUGUCGUACGAAAGAAGAUUCGGCACCAUUCGCGACACGGCGAAGCUGCUGGGGAGAGAAGUGUGGGUGAGUGAAGCGGGACCCUUGAGUAAAAGUGGGAGCUUUUGGGAUGUUUCCCUGUUUAUGGCUCGUAACGUUAUCGAGACCGUCAAUAUCAUGGAGGCUUCGGCGUACGUGAUUUGGCAAGCGUAUGAUCUCGGCGCGCACUGGUCUUUUGUUGACUUCCCGCCGAAUUAUCCUCCGGACUACAGAGGCAAAAUGGAGACGCCUAAAGCGAACAAAAGGUUUUGGAUAUUCAAGCAUUUCACCAUGCUUGCCGAACCUGGCUCCAAGCCGCUCAAGCCCAGGUGGUAACCGCGUUACGGUGUUUAUAGUGAAUCAGAAGGCUGAAGAUCGGCGCGUUAUGAUUAAUCUAGAGGGGUUUACAAGGAACGUGGGGGGAGUCACUAAGGUGGUUGUUAGGCGCACGAC